GUAUACCUCGUCAUGUCUAUUCCGCUUUUAUAUAUGAAGUGGGAAAUCAGUCUAAGUGUUUGAUUCUGCAGUUGCGCACCACCAAAUUCAGUGAGGUUAGAUGGUACAUCAUCUUGUUGGCUUUGGGCUGAAAUUGAUCUAAGAGACAAACUCUCAAACAACAACAGACUCUGCUAACUGCUACGGCAGCUCGAUUCAAAGACUAGUGUUCACAUGCUUCUGGUGUGGAAAGGACUUUGGUUCUCACUAGUUUCUUCAGCUUUCCCAAGAGUGGUGUUGUCUUUGAACAGGAAGGACAGCAACAUAUAAACAUAACAGGUUUUUUUCAUACGAUACACAGCUGCAUUACACAUCCCAAAAUUCUGUGUCAGUAUUGCAAAGGGACAAUUCUGAGAGUGGCUGGCAUUUUGCUUCCUCCUAGAAGUGGAUGCUGUAGGACUUCCUGGGGUGGUGUAACUGGAAUGGCUUCUCUGCAGAAUGUCAAACAAAGAUCGACACAUUGAUUCCAGCUGUUCGUCCUUCAUCAAGACGGAACCCUCCAGCCCGGCCUCCCUGACGGACAGCGUCAACCACCACAGCCCAGGUGGCUCUUCAGACGCCAGUGGGAGCUACAGUUCAACCAUGAAUGGCCAUCAGAACGGACUUGACUCGCCACCUCUCUACCCUUCUGCUCCUAUCCUAGGAGGCAGUGGGCCUGUCAGGAAACUGUAUGAUGACUGCUCUAGCACCAUUGUUGAAGACCCCCAGACCAAGUGUGAAUACAUGCUCAACUCGAUGCCCAAGAGACUGUGUUUAGUGUGUGGUGACAUCGCUUCUGGGUACCACUAUGGGGUAGCCUCAUGUGAAGCCUGCAAGGCAUUCUUCAAGAGGACGAUUCAAGGUAACAUAGAAUAUAGCUGUCCUGCCACGAACGAAUGUGAAAUCACAAAGCGCAGACGUAAAUCCUGCCAGGCUUGCCGUUUCAUGAAGUGUUUAAAAGUGGGCAUGCUGAAGGAAGGGGUGCGUCUGGACAGAGUACGUGGCGGUCGGCAGAAGUACAAGCGCAGAAUAGACGCGGAGAACAGCCCAUACCUGAACCCUCAGCUGGUUCAGCCAGCCAAAAAGCCAUAUAACAAGAUUGUUUCACAUUUGUUGGUGGCUGAACCGGAGAAGAUCUAUGCCAUGCCCGACCCGACUAUCCCCGACAGUGACAUCAAAGCCCUCACUACACUGUGUGACUUGGCCGACCGAGAGCUGGUGGUUAUCAUUGGAUGGGCGAAGCAUAUUCCAGGCUUCUCCACACUGUCCCUGGCCGACCAGAUGAGCCUCCUGCAGAGUGCGUGGAUGGAAAUUUUGAUCCUGGGUGUCGUAUACCGAUCCCUUUCCUUUGAGGAUGAACUUGUCUAUGCAGACGAUUAUAUAAUGGAUGAAGACCAGUCCAAACUAGCAGGCCUUCUUGACCUAAAUAAUGCUAUCCUGCAGCUGGUAAAGAAAUACAAAAGCAUGAAGCUGGAGAAAGAAGAAUUUGUCACCCUCAAAGCGAUCGCUCUUGCUAAUUCAGACUCCAUGCACAUAGAAGAUGUGGAAGCCGUCCAGAAACUUCAGGAUGUCUUGCACGAGGCCCUGCAGGAUUACGAAGCUGGCCAGCACAUGGAAGACCCUCGCAGGGCUGGCAAGAUGCUGAUGACACUGCCCCUCCUGAGGCAGACAUCCACCAAGGCUGUGCAGCAUUUCUACAACAUCAAACUAGAAGGCAAAGUCCCCAUGCACAAACUUUUUUUGGAAAUGCUGGAGGCCAAGGUCUGACUAAGAGCUUCCUGGGCCUUCCUAUCCUGCACGCCGAAAAAGGGAAACGAAACCCAAGGGUGAUGUCGAAGAAUCUUAGAGUUUAGUUAACACCAUCAAAAAUCAACCAAGACUGCACUGAUGAUUGAGCAGCAAGAAUUUAACGCAGCUUUCAGAGUUCUCCAUAUCUUCCUGAUGAAUUUCUUUCCACCGGAUCGCAUCCUUCUCCUUUUCUCAUUUCUCUUCCUCUUUUUUCCGCCCUCCUCCCUUACUCCUCCUAUCUCACAUUUUUUGGCUUCCUGGAUUACUGGUUUCCUCUCUUUCUCAUUUCCUUCUCUUCCUUCCCUUCCUCCCUCCCUCCCUCCCUCCGUCCCUCCCUUCUCCUCCUCUCCUCCCUUUCGUCUCAUCCUUCCCCUUUCUUCUAAAGUUUAAAUAGCUCUAGUUGUAAGAAAAAUUUUUUCUUCCUUCCUUCUGCUGCUGAACUUUUAAAAGAGGUCUCUAAUGGAAGAGCAUAGGAAGCCAGCCCUGCCAAAGGAUGGAAAUCCAUAAUAUGGAUGCCAGUGAACUUGUGAACCAUAAUGUCCCCAGUGAUUAAGGAAUCAAAGAGACAGAACCACUGUACCUAAAGUCCAGUGCGCCGUAGACGAAUUGACUGAAAGCAGUAUUAGAUUUCAUGGGAGCAGCCCCUAAUUACACAACUUAAGAACACGUUGCAUCGGCUGCUUUUUAUCAUUGCUUUUCCAUCUAGAUCAGUUAUAGCCAUCUGAUUCCUUAAUUGUUUUUUCAAGUCUUCCAGGUAUUUGUUAGUUUAGCUACUAUGUAACUUUUUCAGGGAAUAGUUUAAGCUUUAUUCAUUCAUGCAAUACUUAAGAGGAAUAAGAAUACUGCGAUUUUGUGCUGGCUUUGAACACUUAUGAACACUAAUGAAGGACAAAUGAAUCCUGAAGGAAGAUUUUUAAAAAUGUUUUGUUUCUUCUUACAAAUGGAGAUUUUUUUGUACCAGCUUUACCACUUCUCAGCCAUUUAUUAAUAUGGGAAUUAAACUUAAGCAAUAGUUGAAGGGAAGGUGCAUAUUAUCACGGAUGCAAUUUAUGUUGUGUGCCAGUCUGGUCCCAAGCAUCAGUUUCUUACCGUGAGCUCCAGUUUACCUAAAUGCUCACCGGCACAAAGGAUUCGAUUACACCUGCAGUGACUCUGGGUAGUCACACAUGUAAGCACUGCACAUGGAAUCCAGAUCCGUAGAAUUUCAGGAGUCACCUCUACCUGGGAGGUACAGUUGCCAUAUGAUUUCUAGCUGCCGCGGUGGUUAGGAACGAGUUACUGCCUGUUUGCAAAGUUACAGACCUUGUCCCCAAGGAGCUGUGAGCCAGUAUUCAUUUAAAAGGCAAUAAGACAAAUGCCAGAAUUUGAACAACAACAACAACAACAACAACAACAAAUCAUCAAAGACAACAGACGCCUGACCAAAUUCUAAAGCCUAUCUAUAUGAGUUUAUUCAUUUAGGGAUGUUUGUUUAAAUUAAUCUGCAAUUUUUACCAAGCGCUAAGCCAAUAUAUCUGCUUUUCAACCAGUAUUGUCACAGCAAGAAAGUCAGUCAGGUUCCAGACUGUUAAGAGGUGUAAUCUAAUGAAGAAAUCAAUUAGAUGCCCCCGAAAUCUAGAGUCGCUGAAUAACCAAUAAACAGUAACCUCCAUCAAAUGCUAUACCAACGGACCAGUGUUAGUAGCUGCUCCCUGUACUAUGUGAACAGUCUUAUUCUAUGUACACAGAUGUAAUUAAAAUUGUAAUCCUAACAAACAAAAGAAAUGUAGUUCAGCUUUUCAAUGUUUCAUGUUUGCUGUGCUUUUCGGAAUUUUAUGUUGCAUUCGGAGACUGUUGUCUUGUUCUUCUUGUGGUGUUUGGAUUCUUGUGGUGUGUGCUUUAGACACAGGGUAGAAUUAGAGACAAUAUUGGAUGUACAAUUGCUCAGGAGACUACAGUAGUAUAUUCUAUUCCUUACCAGUAAUAAGGUUCUUCCUAAUAAUAAUUAAGAGAUCAAAACUCCAAACAAGUAUUCAUUAUGAACAGAUACACAUCAAAAUCAUCAUAAUAUUUUCAAAACAAGGAAUCAUUUCUUUAAUGGUUUAUUAUAGAAUACCAAUGUAUAGCUUAGAAAUAAAACUUUGAAUAUUUCAAGAAUAUAGAUAAGUCUAAUUUUUAAAUGCUGUAUAUAUGGCUUUCACUCAGUCAUCUCUCAGAUGUUGUUAUUAACUCGCUCUGUGUUGUUGCAAAACUUUUUGGUGCGGACACGUUUCCAAAACUAUUGCUACUUUGUGUGCUUUAAACAAAAUAUCUUGGGUUGAUGUUACAUCAACCUCAUGCUAGGAAUACUGUGUAUCUAUCAUUAGCUAUAUGGGACUAUAUCGUAGAUUGUGGUUUCUCUGUAGAGAAGUGACUGUAGUGUGAUUCUAGAUAAAUCAUCAUUAGCAAUUCAUUCAGAUGGUCAAUAACUUGAAAUUUAUAGCUGUGAUAGGAGUUCAGAAAUUGGCACAUCCCUUUAAAAAUAACAACAGAAAAUCCAACUCCUGGGAAAAAAAGGUGCUGAUUCUAUAAGAUUAUUUAUAUAUGUAAGUGUUUCAAAAGAUUAUUUUCCAGGAAGUCUGUGCAGGGUUUAAGUUGCUACUGUUCAACCACACUAUAUAUAAAUAAAAUAUAUACAACAUAUGUGUUGUUUUUACUGUAUCACAUUAAAGUACUUGGGCUUCAGAAGGAAGAGCCAACCAACUAAAAACAGGAGCUGGAGAUAUGUGAAGAGAAGGAAGUACAAUUUUUAGCUUUCAGUUUAAGUAAAACAAGUAUCGCAUAAAUAGGAAACACAAUUAAGUGGAGACCUAAAAGAACUGUACGAGCUUUAGGGUAAAUGCUUACCUUUAAACCUCACUUGAGGUAAGUUGUUUCAACUUUCAAGCAAGACCAUUUACUUAAUGUGAAGUUUUGAAAAGUUACAAAGGUGUAUGUUUUAGCCACAUGAUUUUAAUUUUUAUUUUGCUUCUUUUCGGUUUGUUAUUUAAAGCAAUAUGAUUGUGUGACUACCUGCAGUUACACUUGUGUUUCAAUCAGAUCAGAUUGUUGUAUUUAUUCCACUAUUUUGCAUUUAAAUGAUAACAUAAAAGAUAUAAAAAAUUUAAAACUGCUAUUUUUCUUAUAGAAGAGAAAAUGGGUGUUGGUGAUUGUAUUUUAAUUAUUUAAGCGUCUCUGUUUACCUGCCUAGGAAAACAUUUUAUGGCAGUCUUAUGUGCAAAGAUCGUAAAAGGACAAAAAAAUUUAAACUGCUUAUAAUAAUCCAGGAGUUGCAUUAUAGACAGUAGUAAAAAGAAUAAUAAUAAUAAUAAAACCAUGUCUAUAGCUGUAGAUGGGCUUCACAUCUGUAAAGCAAUCAAUUGUAUAUUUUUGUGAUGUGUACCAUACUGUGUGCUCCAGCCAAUGUCCAUUUGUGUAAAUGUAUUUAUUUUAUAUUGUAUAUAUUGUUAAAUGCAAAAAGGAGAUAUGAUUCUGUAACUCCAAUCAGUUCAGAUGUGUAACUCAAAUUAUUAUGCCUUUCAGGAUGAUGGUAGAGCAAUAUUAAACAAGCUUCCACUUUU